UCUGAUUGUUGUUGUAUGUAUCUUGGUGCUGUUAGAGUAGAAGAAGAAGACUAACCUAUUUUUAAACGUCAAUUUGACAUUUUAAACAAACUAUUUGAAAAAAAUAAUAAGAAUGUGUGAAAAAUAAAUAUUUUAAAAUGGAAGAGCCUGUUAAAAAAAGGUAUAGACGAAAUGACGAAGAAAGUAAGAGUCAAUCUGACUCAGAUGACGAUAAUUAUGUGCCUUACGUGCCAGUAAAGGAAAGAAAGAAACAACAGCUAAUGAAAUUGGGCAGAAUUGGACAGUUAAAAGAAGCAGAACAGAAUAAAGCAAAAUCAUCCAGUGAAAAUGAAACCAAUGAAGAUGAAGAUGAUGAUGAAUUAUGGGGAAGAAAAAAUAAUGUUUCUCUUUUGGAUCAACACACAGAACUCAAGAAAAUUGCAGAGGCUAAAAAAGUGAGUGCUGUUGAAAGACAAUUAAGGAAAGAGGAGGAAAUUUUGGAAAUUGUAGCAGAGAAAAAAGCUUUGAUGGGUGUUUCAGAAUUGGCAAAAGGUAUUCAAUACAGUGAUCCUAUCAAGACAAGCUGGACUUUACCAAGAUAUAUUUUACAAUUACCACCAUCCAGACAUGACAAGAUUAGAGAUGAUCUAAGAAUUUUGGUUGAGGGUGAGGAAAUUCCACCCCCUUUAGAAACCUUCAAAGAAAUGAAGCUGCACGAAGGCAUUUUAGCCGGAUUAAAAGAAAAACACAUAAAAAAACCGACGCCGAUACAAAUCCAAGGCAUACCGACAGUUUUAUCCGGAAGAGACAUAAUCGGCAUCGCUUUUACCGGAUCAGGAAAAACGUUGGUUUUCGUGCUGCCUUUAAUAAUGUUUUGUCUGGAGCAGGAGAUCAAAAUGCCGUUUAUUAAAAACGAAGGCCCUUAUGGUCUAAUAAUCUGUCCAUCCAGAGAAUUGGCCAAGCAGACCUACGAUAUUAUUCAGCAUUUUUGUAAUACCUUAAAAAAACACAGGAUGCCAGAAAUAAGGAGUUGUUUGGCUAUAGGAGGUGUGCCAGUUACAGAGGCUAUUGAAACAAUACAAAGAGGUGUUCACAUUAUGGUAGCAACUCCUGGCAGAUUGAUGGACAUGUUGGAAAAGAAAAUAGUAAAAUUAUCAGUAUGCAGAUACUUGUGCAUGGAUGAAGCUGACAGAAUGAUUGACUUAGGUUUUGAAGAGGACGUUAGAACCAUUUUCUCCUAUUUUAAUGGGCAAAGACAAACUCUUCUCUUCUCCGCCACUAUGCCCAAAAAGAUCCAAAACUUCGCCAGAUCGGCCCUGGUAAAACCGGUAACGAUUAAUGUCGGUAGGGCAGGUGCUGCCUCUAUGAACGUGACACAGGAAGUAGAGUAUGUUAAGCAGGAAGCCAAAAUUGUUUAUUUGUUGGAAUGCCUGCAAAAAACACCGCCCCCGGUGCUUAUUUUCGCCGAGAAAAAACAAGACGUAGACGCCAUACACGAGUAUUUGCUGCUUAAAGGCGUGGAGGCUGUUGCUAUUCAUGGAGGAAAAGACCAGGAAGAAAGAUCGCGGUCAGUCGAAGCAUUUAGAAAGACGGAAAAAGACGUUCUAGUUGCUACAGAUGUCGCUUCAAAAGGUUUAGAUUUUGCUGAGGUUCAGCAUGUAAUUAAUUAUGAUAUGCCAGAUGAUGUAGAGAAUUAUGUCCACAGAAUUGGUCGUACUGGUAGAUCAGAAAAAAGGGGUCUAGCCACAACAUUUAUUAACAAAUCAAAUGACGAAUCAGUAUUGUUGGAUCUUAAACACUUGCUUAUGGAGGCUAAACAGAAGGUACCCACAUUCUUGGCUGAACUUUGUUCUGAAAACGAAAAAUAUCUUGAACUUGGAGAUGAAAGGGGUUGCAGUUACUGUGGAGGUCUGGGUCACAGAAUUACCGACUGUCCAAAAUUGGAAGCCCUUCAAAACAAACAGGCCUCAAAUAUUGGAAGGAGAGACUAUUUGGCAAACACGGCGGCCGAUUAUUAAUUUUAUAAGUAAAAUAUAAUAAAACUUCUUUUUAAUUGUUAAAUAUAUAAUUAAACCUUAUAACUACAGUCUACAAUAAUAAUAAAUAAUUUUAUUUAAAUUAUAUGACUAUGACUAGAUCAAUAAUUUCACAUUGAUUAAAUAAAUCCCUUUUCACAUUAAGAAGCAAACAUUGCUAAAGAAAAACAAAUAUUUACACAUAUUAAGCUAAUAUUAACAGUACUAAACAAAGUUCUGCUAGAUAGACAAAAUAAUUGGGAUUUAAGACGGUUUAAGAUGCAGUGAUAACAAAUUGACUUAUUUUGGACGUUUGUUAGGUACUUGCGAAUACUAGAAACAUUUCCUGCUUAAAAAAACCUAUUUUGGAAUGUCUUCAAUGUAGGGUUGCCAGAUAUACAGGUAACAAUAGGAAACUCCACCAGUAGUGAUUCGGACUGUUGGGUGAUGUAAGGUUUAAAAGCAAAACUUGCAUUAUAACAGCUUUAUUUUAUCUGAUCUCUAUAUUUCAAAAAUGCGUGGUUUAGAACAUACACGAGCUAUGUGUUUGAUGAUUAUUGCAAGAUUGAAGUAUAUUUUUAUUGAAAUGCAUAUACUAUGUCUGCCAUAAUCUGAAAUUUCUUUUGCUUGGCUGUGUUUGGCCCAUUUACAACUUAAAU